UCAUUGUUCAACACUUUAAUGCUGCCAGAAGAAGAAGAAGAAGCGGAGGCUGUAGGAUAACAAGAUGAUCGGCGAUCUGUUAAUUUUCUGCACUUUGUUAAUGAACGCCGGGGCGGUUUUAAACUUUAAACUGAAAAGGAAAGAGACGCAGUCGCACGGAUUCGGCGAUGAUCCGGGCCGAUCAACUACAGGUGAUAACAUCCGGGAGUUUUUACUGAGUCUGCGCUACUUCCGCAUUUUUAUAGCGCUGUGGAACAUCUUCAUCAUGUUCUGCAUGAUCCUGUUAUUCGGAUCAUAACCCACUACAUUCUGAGCCUGGACACUAAGAUGAAGGACAAUCCUCAACACUUUUCUUUUCCGGUAGUGGGAUGCUCAUCUCUGGCUUCGCCUUCUCGAGAGCCUGUGGAGCAGGAAAUUUGUCAGUCACUUCCUCCAUUGCAUCCACUAAGCCAGUGUCUUAUGGAUCAACUAAGGUUAUUUUGAAAGUCUUAAGGACUAACGUUGAUCAUGCUGUCUUUAUUCGUGUCAAACUGACAGCUUGCAUAAAUUUCCAUGUCAGUUGAUGUGCUUGCGAUCAUCAGCUGCACGUGCAUUGGCUCAUAGAGCUGUGCCCUGAAAUAAAUCUUAUGUUUUUCUCAAAAAAAAAAUUCUGUUGAAUUAGAGAGCUUCCAGUGGGUUAAAAGGUAAAUAAUACUCCCGUUCUUUUCUUUUAUUAAAUGAGAAACAUUUUAAUACAAAUGACUAAACGAUAACUGUAUAAAUGUUGACAGAAUAGCUGAUGGUUUUAGUCAGUUAAGAUGCAAAAGUCAUUUUUGUUCUUUGCAAGAAAAACAUUAUUAAACUAUUAAAUGUGACUUCCA